AUGAUGAGUGUACGAUCUGGGACGGGACCUGUGGCCAGUGGUCCGUUGAGCGACAAGUGCGUCGCAUCUAUGGCGCAAAAAUGGACAUGGAUCCUUCACUUGUUGUUGAAGAUCAACCAGGCGCGUCGGAUCUGGUACUCAGAUCAAGAUUAUGAUGAAUGUGUAUACUACCACGAAGGAAGUGAUCUGUACGCGGAUGAUGUCGUCGGUCAGACGGCGGUACUGCCAGAAGUGCCUGUGACGACGGAAGAUACCCCAGAAGAAAAUGAUCGGAUUCGCCAAACGAUCUGGAAGUUCCGACACCUCUUGAUCGGCAAAGGAAAUGCCCUUCCGCCCGCGGUCAGAGGUGUUGAAUGCGAUAUCGAUGUCGGAGGAGCGAGGCCUAUCGCCCUGAAGUGUAGUAAGUUGCGGAUCCAGUUCAAGGAGAAGCUUGCAGGCUUGAUCAAGGGUCUGCUAUCUGCCAAGAUGGUCAAUUACUCUAGAUCACCGUUGUCCAUCGGUUACCGGUUGGUUAACUGUGUAACUCAGCUGAUGAUCUACCCAAUGCCCUUGAUCAACGACCUACCCGAAGAUCUAGAGUCAACACUCUGUCGAAGUCGAAUGCCAUUCGGCUUGAAGAAUGCGCCCCAGAUCUAUCAACGUAUGAUCGACAACACGCUAUAUGGAUUCACCCGAAUCCCGAAGUCUGAAGACUACAGAAGAACUUUGGAUGCAUUUGAGGACGGGGGACCGGCGGAUUCAGGUAAGCCGUCGGCGCUUAGGCGUAGAUCAUAUAUCGACGACAUCCUUAUCCCAGCCAAUAACUGGGGUCAACUAUGUGAUCGGGUGGAAUAUCUGGGUCAUAAGAUCUCCCACAAUGGCCUGGAGGCGAACCCGAAGGACCUGUCGGAAUUGAAGGAUUCUGCAUUUCCAGGAUUAUUUAGAGCCAUGCAGUCAUUUUUGGGAAGUCUAAACUAUUACAGCCGAAUUAUCGAAUACUACGCGAUCUUCGCGUCAGUUCUGUAUGAUUUGCGAGAAAUCGACUUCACUUUGAUGGUAAAAGAGACCACCCAAGCUCAGAUCCAACGAGUGCUAGAAGCAGCGAAUGCGGAUCCAGAAUCACAGGAGGGUCAAGUGAUCGACGAUCAAAAGUCUCUGGAUCUGGAGGCACAAGAUCUCACUGGAGUGGGUCCACGAUGGAUCCACGCCUAUCGAUCUUUCGGCGUGCUUAAGUCCAAGAUCGCCUUUACUCCGAUCUUACGACACAUUGAUCCAUGUCGAAGUGCUACGGUUGUAGUAUAUGCUAGUGACGGGGCCGUUUCGGGAUCGUUGAUGCAGGAGUAUGACAAGAUCUACUACCGCGUGAUGUUUGCGAGUCAUACCUUGAAGUCAAAUGAGCCGACUUAUGACAUCGCGGAGAAGGGGGUACUGGCCUUGCUGCGGAUCCUAGAUCUUAACUACAAUGCCUUGGUCGGACAUCCGAUCCGUGUGGUGACCCGGCAUUUUAUUUUGGCGCGGCUCUUCAUAUCUACAGCCUUGCAGGGACGGUUAGGUCAGUGGGCUGCUCUACUGUCGCCAUGGACUCUCGAGACCUCCAAGUGUGUCAAGGGUGAAGAUAAGAUCCUGGGAGCAUUGGCGGCGGGUAUCACGCCUAGAGCACAGGUGGAUAAGGCGUUAAUCUCGAUUGCCCCUAAAAAGGAGCAAAGACGCAAGAUCCAGGCUCCGAAACCCACUAUUGAAUGCGAUAAAGAUCUAUAA